CUCGCUCUCUGCUUGGACUCGCCUGCACGCCUCCCACCCACUCGCUCUGACUCCAGCCCGUGCGCACUGCCUGCCUCGCACCCUCACGAUUCGGCUCCCUCCCUCUCCCAUUUUCCCCUCCGCCGCCCCCUCAUCCGUCCUUAUUGGGCUCCCUUGCCUUCAAAAUCAUUCCGGCGCUCUGCGCCUUCCCAUCUCCUGGCUCUGAGGACCCUUACGGUCGCCUUUCAUAUUUAACCUCCACAGCUUUCAGAGAGCAUUGCCACGUCUCAAAGCCCUAACUCCAAUACAAACACACACGCAGACACGCACUUUUGCUGUCCCUGUGUGACACCCACCCUCGGCCGCGCGGCCGCGCGGGUCCCCGCGCGGUGCGGUCCUCCCGCCACCCACAGGCACGCGCGCGCAGGACGGAGCCGAGAGCAGCUCUCCGACACUUCGCACUCAGAGGCGACCUGCUCCAGUCUCGCAGCGCUGAUGGCCUCUCCCGGCUCCGGCUUUUGGUCCUUUGGAUCUGAAGAUGGUUCUGGGGAUCCCGAGAACCCCGGCACAGCCAGAGCCUGGUGUCAGGUGGCCCAGAAGUUCACGGGCGGCAUUGGAAACAAGCUGUGCGCUCUGCUCUACGGAGACGCCGAGAAGCCCGCGGAGAGCGGCGGGAGCGAGCCCCCGCGGGCCACGUCCCGGAAGGCCGCCUGUGCCUGCAACCAGAAGCCGUGCAGCUGCCCCAAAGCCGAUAUCAACUAUGCAUUUCUACACGCAACAGACCUGCUGCCAGCCUGUGAUGGAGAGAGGCCCACCUUGGCAUUUCUGCAGGAUGUUAUGAAUAUUUUGCUUCAGUAUGUGGUGAAAAGUUUCGAUAGAUCAACCAAAGUGAUUGAUUUCCAUUACCCUAAUGAGCUUCUUCAAGAGUAUAAUUGGGAAUUGACAGACCAACCACAAAAUUUGGAGGAAAUUUUGAUGCAUUGCCAAACAACUCUAAAAUAUGCAAUUAAAACAGGACACCCCAGAUAUUUCAAUCAACUCUCCACUGGGCUGGAUAUGGUGGGAUUAGCGGCAGACUGGCUGACAUCGACAGCAAACACUAACAUGUUCACCUAUGAAAUUGCUCCAGUAUUUGUGCUUUUGGAAUAUGUCACGCUAAAGAAAAUGAGAGAAAUCAUUGGCUGGCCUGGGGGCUCUGGCGAUGGGAUAUUUUCUCCUGGUGGCGCCAUAUCCAACAUGUAUGCCAUGCUGAUUGCGCGCUUUAAGAUGUUCCCAGAAGUCAAGGAGAAAGGAAUGGCCGCCGUCCCCAGGCUCAUUGCCUUCACGUCUGAGCAUAGUCAUUUUUCUCUCAAGAAGGGAGCUGCAGCCUUGGGCAUCGGAACAGACAGCGUGAUUCUGAUUAAAUGUGACGAGAGGGGAAAAAUGAUUCCAUCUGAUCUUGAAAGAAGGAUCAUCGAAGCCAAGCAAAAAGGAUUUGUUCCUUUCCUUGUGAGUGCAACAGCUGGAACCACCGUGUAUGGAGCAUUCGAUCCCCUCUUAGCUGUCGCUGAUAUCUGCAAAAAGUAUAAGAUCUGGAUGCACGUGGAUGCAGCUUGGGGUGGAGGAUUGCUGAUGUCCCGGAAACACAAGUGGAAACUGAGCGGCGUGGAGAGGGCCAACUCUGUGACGUGGAAUCCACACAAGAUGAUGGGUGUUCCUUUGCAGUGCUCCGCUCUCCUGGUUAGAGAAGAGGGAUUGAUGCAGAGUUGCAACCAGAUGCACGCCUCCUACCUCUUCCAGCAAGAUAAACACUAUGACUUGUCCUAUGACACUGGGGACAAGGCUUUACAGUGCGGACGCCACGUUGAUGUUUUUAAGUUAUGGCUGAUGUGGAGAGCAAAGGGGACUACGGGGUUUGAAGCACACAUUGACAAGUGUUUGGAGCUGGCAGAGUAUUUAUACAAUAUCAUAAAAAACCGAGAAGGAUAUGAAAUGGUGUUCGAUGGAAAGCCUCAGCACACAAAUGUCUGCUUCUGGUAUGUCCCUCCGAGUUUGCGUGUCCUGGAAGACAAUGAAGAGAGAAUGAGCCGCCUCUCAAAGGUGGCUCCAGUGAUCAAAGCCAGAAUGAUGGAGUAUGGGACCACAAUGGUCAGCUACCAGCCCCUGGGAGACAAGGUCAAUUUCUUCCGCAUGGUCAUCUCGAAUCCCGCAGCAACUCAUCAAGACAUUGACUUCCUGAUUGAAGAAAUAGAACGCCUUGGACAAGAUUUAUAAUAAUCUUGCUCACUAAGCUGUUGCAAUUCUCUAGAGGACAUGCCCUCGGCUAACUAAGCUCCCCACUGAGAAAUCUCCUUCGAGAAUUGCGUGAUUUCGCAAAAUGGAAGGCGAAUGCUACUUCAUCUCUGAGAACAGAAGAAACCGAUGAUGGAAUGUCACAGACGGCCAAAAUUGCAGACAUGGUCCCUGCUGGGGUUCAGAGUGGGUGUUACUCUUUGGAACGUGGCCAAAGAAAGCACAGGUGUAAAUAUAGUGCAGGAAAAGGAAUCAAGGACCCUAACAAUGUUCAUCAUCCUGCACGUGCUCUCCUGUUUUCAAAACUGUGUAUUUAUUAAGUUCGCGUGCCAAAAUACGUUCCCAGCUGGUGUUUCUGAAAGACAUCGCCGCCCUCCGACAUUAUUCCAUUACUAAAGACAGAAAAAAAUUAAAAAUAUAAACACGUGGCAACCUGUUCUUCUUAACAAGUAUAAACUUGUGUAUGAUCAAAGUAUUUUAUCUGUGUCGUCUCUCUGAACCCAAAUAAAUGUGUCAAUGUGGACA